GCCUCCAGCCACAGCAUGAAUGGGCUCGAGGCCGCCUCCCCAAGUCUGACCGUCAAUGCAUCCCUGGCUGCCCCUGGGGAAUGUGGGCACGAGACGCCACUGGAGAACAUGUUGUUCGCCUGCUUCUACCUCCUGGACUUCAUCCUGGCCUUUGUGGGCAACGCGCUGGCUCUGUGGCUGUUCAUCCGGGACCACAAGUCAGGCACACCGGCCAACGUGUUCCUCAUGCACCUGGCCGUGGCUGACCUGUCCUGCGUGCUGGUCCUGCCCACCCGCCUCGUCUACCACUUCUCCGGGAACCACUGGCCCUUUGGGGAGAUCCCGUGCCGGCUCACCGGCUUCCUAUUCUACCUCAACAUGUACGCCAGCAUCUACUUCCUCACCUGCAUCAGCGCUGACCGCUUCCUGGCCAUCGUGCACCCGGUCAAGUCCCUGAAGCUGCGCCGGCCGCUCUACGCUCACCUGGCUUGCGCCUUCCUGUGGGUGGUGGUGGCUGUGGCCAUGGCCCCGCUGCUGGUGAGCCCGCAGACCGUGCAGACCAACGGCACAGUCGUCUGCCUGCAGCUGUACCGGGAGAAGGCCUCGCACCACGCCCUUGUGUCCCUGGCCGUGGCCUUCACCUUCCCCUUUGUCACCACGGUCACAUGCUACCUGCUGAUCAUCCGCAGCCUGCGCCAGGGCCCCCGCGUGGAGAAGCGUCUCAAGAACAAGGCGGUGCGCAUGAUCGCCAUGGUGCUGGCCAUCUUCCUGGUCUGCUUUGUGCCCUAUCACGUGCACCGCUCUGUCUACGUGCUGCACUACCGGGACGGCCGGGCCACCUGCACGGCCCAGCGCAUCCUGGCUCUGGGGAACCGCAUCACCUCCUGCCUCACCAGCCUCAAUGGGGCCCUGGACCCCGUCAUGUACUUCUUUGUGGCUGAGAAGUUCCGCCAUGCCCUGUGCAACUUGCUGUGUGGGAAAAGGCCCAUGGGCCCGCCCCCUAGCUUUGAAGGGAAAACCAACGAGAGCUCACUGAGUGCCAGGUCCGAGCUGUGA